CUUUCCUGAGUAGUGAGUACCUGUGAGUGAGUGCCAGUGAAUGAGUGCGUGGUGUGGUCUGCAGACACACCAGCCUCUCCACACACUCACACGCACACUCAACCAUGUCUAUAUUACCCUUGCUACGCCGCCUUGCCCCACCACUAAGGGCGUCCUGGCUCAGAAUACAAGGCAGGGACAUCAGCUAUGUGGAAAGGGUUCGCUUCUUGCAGGAACUUAAGGUACAUGAAUCACUGUGCUCCUCCUUCAUCCCCGAUGGCAAGUUCCUGGUGUACCACUACGGCAAGCCUCUGCUGCGUGUGGACAAGGCCAACACUAAGGAUGCCAUUGUGUGGCUUACUUUCACAGAGGUGAAGAACCAUUAUCCGGAGUUGUUAAGUUCCUAUGUACUGUUAGAUGUCUCAGAGGAGGGCAAGCCAAGGUACAGUGUGCAGGUUGGGGGAAUUCCAUCAUACACCAAGGAGAAGCUUGAGGAUGAGACGGGAGGCAUCUUCACAGACCUGCGGCUGGGGAUGUUCAUGGUUAGCUGGCAGGAGGCUCACACUCUCUCCCGUGCCAACUGUGUCCACAUGUGGAACAAAAACAAUGCUUUCUGUGGGAAAUGUGGAGCCCCAACCAAGAGAAAUGCAUCUGGUUACUCCCGGAAGUGUACGAGCUGUGACAUGACCCACUACCCAACCUCAGCCCCAGUGGGCAUCGUAUUGGUGACUGACCCUGAGCACCAGCACAUCGUCCUGGUGCGGCAGCCGCGCCACCCUCAGGGAAUGUACUCCUGCAUUGCUGGCUUUUCGGAUGUAGGAGAGAGCCUUGAAGAGACAGUCCGUAGGGAAGUGGCUGAGGAGGUAGGGAUAGAGGUGUCCAAGGUGACCUACAUUGCCUCCCAGCAUUGGCCCUUCCCUGGCUCCCUUAUGACUGGCUGCUUUGCUGAGGUGGAGAAACAGUCGCUAGACAUAGACAAGGAUGAGCUGCAGGAUGCCCGGUGGUUCUCCAAGGAAGAGGUGGGAGCCGCCCUGGCCAGGAUUGAUGCCAAUCCUAAUCUGCGGCUGCGAGGGAACCCUUCAGGGGAGCUGUUUGUGCCACCCCCUGGGGCCAUUGCCUUCCAUCUCAUCUCCCACUGGUUCAAGGGAACACCACUCCAAGAGAUUCACCAGCAUAUCUACUGAGGAUGUGCCUGGGAACAUGCACAACAUUGUUUAGCUUUAAGGCCACUUAGCCAGAGGCACACUGCUCCUGUGUCAAAGUGCUCAGGGAAUACAUUAUCCACUGCCAACUUCCUCAGAUCAUUUAGUUUUGUUACUAGAGUUGUGAAAUGACCCUAUUCAAUAUAGUUUUGACUUUGUGACAAAAAUGAUCAAAUCACCAUUUUUAUCAUUUGAUGCAUUAUAAUUUGUAUGUGCUCACUAACAACAAUAGUCAUGUCACUUCCAGUCCCAGCCUCACAACUUCUCACUCUUGAGAAUACUGGUGUUACAGCUUAGAUAGUCUUCCAAAGUAAGUAUUAUAUUGUAUUUUACUUCAUAUAUUGUUAUGUUAGCAAGGCAAGAAUUUUAACAUUAAAUGAAGUGCAAAGACAGCUAUAGUAGGAAGAGCUAGCAUGUCUGGUGGCAGUUCAGAUUUCCUUUGUUAGUGCAGUAGAAAACUAUCAAGAAUUAUAUGUUUGAUUUACUGUAUAUACAUACAGUUCAUAUGGUCAAUCUAAAGAUGUAUAUAUUUUUUUCAUACAACUGCUCCUUUUAAAUUAAAGAACUGGCACAUUACAAACCUAAACAAGUGAAAUAUACAAAUGUAAAUUUCUAUUUUGUCUGCAGUUACAAUGCAGAACUGUCAACAUUUUAUUUAAAUAAAUAAAUAAUUUUA